AAGAUAGCUCCGUUUUAGUACCAAAAAUCCGGAAAUAUUUCCCACAGCCUCAAUCUCUUUUCUCACUAGAACUAGAGGCAGCUAAUCUUGUAGUUUUGUAACCAAGAAAUAAUUUAGAUCACGUGUCGUUGCCUUAAAAACUGCGUCAAGAACACGACCAGAACAGCAUCGUCCUGAUGGCACCAGAAAAUGCCACCUCCUCUCUGACCCUUCCCAGCACAAUGUCCGAAGACGAAAGAUACCGAACAUCGACCCAGUACCGGCUCUGGUCCUAUACUCCCCAAGCUCUCCUCGCCCUCCGUACCACCACCAACCAAAUAGCUGCGGACCGUGUCCGUGAAGCUGUUCGACGAAUACGGGAAGCGCGGAAUAUCUCCUCGGCUGAUACCAGUGAAGCUGAGAAUGGGCGGUCUGCAUCUGCGGCUAUCCCAGAGGGUGAGGUGGACUGUUUGACGGUUGAGGAGGAGUUGAAGCUUGUGGCUUUCUAUUCUCGGCAGACGCUUCAGCUGGGGGAUCAUUUGAAGGUCCCUACAGAUGUCAAGGCCACGGCAAUUCAGUACAUGAAGCGAUUCUACAUUACGAACUCUCUCAUGACUUACCACCCCACCGAUAUCCUCAAAACAGCCCUCUUUUUCGCCACCAAGACUGAGAAUCACUACUUCAGACUCACAAAAUUCGCUGAUGCGAUUGGAAAGACAAAGCCGGAGGAUGUGCUUGCUUCAGAGUUCCUGCUCACCCAAGGGUUGAGGUUUACAUUCGAUGUACGACAUCCAUUCAGAGCUUUAGAAGGAGCAAUUAUGGAGUUAGAAGCUUUUGCGAAGGGAGGUGUUCCUCCUCUGCCUGGAGCAUUGAUCGUGGAGGGGACGUUGGCAGACAUGGAAAAGAGGGUAAAGAUUGCCCAUGGAAAGGCGAGGGAGUACCUGAAGAUCAGUGCGGCGUUGACGGAUGUCUAUUUUCACUAUACACCGAGUCAGAUCAUGAUGGCGGCUUUGAUGAUUGCCGAUCACGAGUUGGUGCAAUGGUACAUUGGGGUCAAGUUUCCUGCUGCAGAUGGAGUUAUGCUUUCCAAAGUACUGGAGGUGAUUGAGAAGUGCGCGGAUAUGCUGAAAACGGUGGCCCCUAAUUCCGAACCUUCUGCAGCAGAGAAGAAAGAGUUGUCGGCUUUGGCGAAGAAGUUGAAAAAGUGUAGGAAUCCGGAGAAAAUGGACCUGGUUGCUUUGCAGAGGGCGAAGAGGGAAGGUGACGGAGAGGAUGAGGAGAAGAUUGUCAAGAAGAGGAAGCUAGAACGAGAGUCAUCUGCGAGAGAGGCUGAUGAUUUGUUUGGUCCACCAAUCAAGAAGGAAUGAAAGGGCUCUUCCGGACGGUGAUCGAAGUCAUUUAGCAAGGCGUCUGGGUUUUACUUGCAUAUGGGCGGAGUUUGGAGGAAGGCAAUUACGAAAAAUAAAAGUAAUGCUUGAUUGCGAGUAUGUCUGGCUUACAUAGUUUGGAACAUUUUCAGACUUUGUUUCCCCAAUGCUAUAAUUUCGUAACUCGCUCAAAUCCGAAGACCAACUUUCGAAAGACCAUGUCAGACAGCAAGAGCUCAUCUAAACUGUUUGCUCCUACUCUUGACUCGUAUUUCGGUCAUGAUUGUACAUCUGUUGAAUCAUAGGUAAUGUCACAUUCUUGAUAUGGACAUUGUCAGAGCCAUUCCCCUCUAGUAUAGAUUUCGACAUUGAAAGCAGGAAAGU